UCUGCUUGUGUUUUGCUUUUGGUGUGAAUAGUAGAUUGAUAGGCCUCUACUGGCAAGUUCAUGUGCACAAAGCUAACCAAGCACUAUACAUAGAUAACACAUGCGCGGAAUACAACAGGUGUAGUAGACCUUACAGUGAAAUGCUUACUUACAAGCCCUUAACCAACAAUACAGUUUUAAGAAAAUACCUACAAAAAAAGUCAGUGUAUUUGUCUUCAUUCUCCUGUAUUCAACAGUGUUUAUUGUGACUAGGGCUGGAAAAUGUUGUGCAAUGUCUUAGUUUCAAACGUAUAUUCAGAGGUUACUUAAAAUCAUUCUCAUAGCUUGUUUUUGAGGAUCACAUAUGGGGAAAGUGUAAUCUGGUUAUUCCGUUUGGUUUUAACUUAUGCAGUAUGACAGUAUACAUUGUUAAAUAGUUAAUAGCUUAGUCAAUAUAUGUAAUUAUGAAUAUGGUGUCUUUGCAUUUAUUGGCUGCAAUUUCUUAUAUAAUUGACCAUUAAAUUGCCAUUAAAAUAGCACACGUUUUUUUUACAACUGUGUUACAGAUGUAUUAGAUUUAGCUAAUGAAUUAUUAGCAUGUUAAAAGAGGCCUAUAGCUGUCCCUGUUCUCAAUGAAAAUGUAAUUCUGUACAUCACAGGAUAUAAAGGCCUAUUAGAUGUUGAAGAUUGUAUGUUAUAUCGUUGGACUUGACACCUAAGGCUCUGUUGGAUCUGUAACAGUGGGAGUCAUGUGUGUCAGGGCCAACACACCGCAGUCCAACCUCUGCUCACUGCUGUUUUUGACCAUUAUAAUGUUGAUCUCAGCAAAUGCCUGCUGGGUAGUGGAGCGAGCAGGUGAGAGACAGAGAAAGAGAGAGGGAGUGCGUGUGUGUAUGUGUGACAGUGACCGAGAGAGAGAACAGGAGAGUGAAAGAGUGUUAGCAUAAAUGUCAGGUUCAUAGUUAAUGCUAAAUAGAGAAAUAGGGGGCUUCACAAAAUUCUGUGGCAUUACAGAACCUUUCUAUACCGUUCACUUGCUUUGACCGAUUGUUCGAUUAAAAUAAUUGAUUUAGCAGUUAACGCCAAUGACUUCUUCAAGGCCAUUUUAUGGAAUUAAUUUUAAUAAGCGCUUAAUGUGUUGUGCCGAUGUGAAGUGUGAUUAACCCUUUGUAUGUUUGUGGGUGACGCGACCAUUGCUUGCUCUCUCUAGACUGUACUUUCUCCCUAGGGUAUAAAUCUUGAAGCAUGGGUGACUGGAGCUUUCUGGGGCGUCUGUUGGAGAAUGCACAGGAACACUCAACAGUAAUCGGCAAGGUCUGGCUGACUGUCCUCUUCAUCUUUAGGAUCCUGGUGCUGGGAGCGGCAGCCGAGGACGUGUGGGGCGACGAGCAGUCUGACUUCACCUGCAACACACAGCAGCCUGGGUGUGAGAACGUCUGCUAUGAUGAGGCUUUCCCCAUCUCGCACAUCCGCUUCUGGGUGCUGCAGAUCAUCUUUGUGUCCACGCCCACCCUCAUCUACCUGGGUCACGUACUGCACAUCGUCCGCAUGGAGGAGAAGCGGAAAGAGAAGGAGGAGGAGCUGCGAAAGGCCAACAGACUCCAGGAGGAAAAGGAACUCCUUUACAAUGAAGGAGGGGAUGCAGGGGGAGGGGGAGGUGGUAAAAAAGAGAAGCCACCUAUCAGGGAUGAGCAUGGCAAGAUCCGCAUUAGGGGUGCCCUGUUGCGCACCUAUGUGUUCAACAUCAUUUUCAAGACCCUUUUUGAAGUGGGGUUCCUUUUAGGUCAAUAUUUACUUUAUGGCUUCCAGCUGAGGCCGCUAUACAAGUGUGCACGGUGGCCUUGCCCCAACACUGUGGACUGCUUCAUAUCUAGGCCCACUGAAAAGACGAUUUUCAUCAUAUUUAUGCUUGUGGUGGCUUGCGUGUCUCUUUUGCUGAAUUUGUUAGAGAUCUAUCACCUUGGGUGGAAGAAAGUUAAACAGGGAAUGGCCACCCCUGAUCAUGUGUUGUUGCCCCGCUCUGAUGGUGUGGGGCCGGAGUCCAUAACUUCUGCCCCCAGAACUGCCCUUCCCAACCUCAGCUACCCACCGACGUACACGGACGUGACAGCUGGGAGUGGUGCGUUCCUGCGGCCCAAGGUAGAGGCCUCCCCGGCAGAGUUCAAGAUGGACCCCCUGCAGGAGGGGCCCUUGUCCUCCUACUACAUGAGCAGCAACAACAACCAAAGGCUGACCACGCAGCAGAACUGGGCCAACCUGGCCACCGAGCAGCAGACUCGGGAGAUGAAGGCCACAUCCCCCUCCUCCUCCCCUUCCUCUGCCCCUUCCUCCACCCCCUCCUCUGAUAGUAAGCAGCAGCCUUGUAAUGCUGCUCCCCCCACCACCAGCCCCAGCUCCAGCUCCAGUGGGGGCAGUUUGAGUGAGGGGAAUGUUGAUCAGGAGGAAGGCCAUGUCACCACCACAGUGGAAAUGCAUGAGCCCCCCGUCAUGGUCACAGACCCUCGCCGGCUCAGCAGGGCCAGCAAGAGCAGCAGCAUCAGAGCCAGGCCCAACGACUUGGCAGUAUAGUCAGUCCCCCUAAAUACACCUCCAACCUUCCAAAGCCCUCCCAACCACCCCAAUUAUUUUCUAUAAAAAAAUGAUUUAAAAAAAUAAAUAAUAAUAAUUGGAGGCAAUGUGAGGCAAGGGUCUGGAGUUGUUGCCAAAUAUAUAUAUUAACAGCAGUUAAUAUCAGUGCAAUUGGUGAGUUGUAGCAUAUGCAUUAUGAUACAAAAAAAUGUGCCGUGUGAUUGUGCAAUGUGCGUUAAAAUGGUCUCACAGGCCAAAGGCUUCAAUAUACUGGACAUCAUGGGACUUUAGAGUUCUCAUUCCACUUUAAAAUGGCCAAGUAACUUUUUUGUUUGAAUUCGGUUUCAAUGGCCUAGUAUGUGUCAAUGUGCUCUUGUCAACAGUGGUUGUUGUUGUGUUUAUUUGAUGAACAUAAAAGCCUAUUUAUUCCAAUUAGGAAUGAUACUGUACAUUCAUCAAGUCGUUGAGUUCGAUUGGCAAAUUGCUGAGAACCAAUUUCGAAUAAAACUGUAAUGUGGAACAAGUGCAGGGUGUUUUGAGACUAGUUGUUUGUUUAGUAUAUUUUCUCUUUUGCUGUUAUACAAGUUGAACCUUUCUUAAAGAUCCAAGGCAGCCGUUUUUUUUCGAUUAAAAUGGUGGAAAAAAAGAAGAGCUUCUUAGCAAAGACAAAUCCUCCAAGCAAGAAUGUUCAUAGGACUGUCUGGGAGUGGGGAGGGGAAAACUAGCUGUUAUUGGCAGAGAGAUUUGCAACGCUCUAUCUUAUUGGUCUAUUAACUGUAUCACCAGGCAGGUAAAAAGUCCAUCCCACCAAAACAGGCAGAAACUUCAGGCAGUCUUUUCAAACAGCUCAACACUAAAGGGCACUUCACUGUAUUAUUCCAACCUCAUAGUGUGGAAAUAGAAAACACAGGAAAAUCACAUUUUUAAUAGCACUAGGCUUUUAAAAUACGUUUUUUUUUAACAAUUGUUUUGUGUAUCAUAGAAAGUCCAUUGCAAGACAAACUAAAUCAGCAGCAUGUAUGCUCUCAUCCUUUCUUUAGGGUUAAGUAUGCUGUACAAUGUCAGCAAUGACACAGAUAUGGGGAUAAUAACAUUUGCUUGUUCAUUAUAGAACUUUUAUCUUGUACUUUAUGACACUGCCUGAAUUUCACAGUCUAAAUUACUUUUAGAAUAUUCAGGAAAUAGCUUAGCUAUCAGUGUUUGGAAAUACAUUUUUUGUAUUAUGUGUUUGAAGAGUAAUGGUGGAAUCUGUAAAUGCAAAACUACAACUCACUGAUUCACUAACAGGUCUACAGGUGCAUUUCUUUGUCUUAGUUUUACCCAGGAUCCACUUACUGAACACAUAAGUUACACAAAAACUAUAAGAAAAUGAUGGGUCAAAACUAGGAGUUGAAUUUAUUCUUGUAGUCCACAGCUGUUAUUACUGUAAGUUCCAUAGUUCCAGACCCUGCUCCUACAUUUGAUUCUCGAAUGCAGAAAUUAAGCAAAUUAACGUACAUUUUUUUUUCCUUGAAAUUAGAAAGCAUACUGACAUAUGCACAAUGAAAAGUUGACAUCCAAUUUUCAAGAGGUUGAACACAAAAUAAACCCAAAUGCUUUAAAUUAAGAGGGUAAAUAAACCAAUUAUAGGAUAUUUAAGUAUCGCACAUCUUGCAAAUGUGAAGAAACUAGAUUAACAACACCAUCUAAAAAGCUGACAUGUUGAACAUUUCCAAAUAGUUUUUCCAGAUGUUUAGUUCAAUCAAAAGUAACAAAGAUUUUUGAUUUGACUAGAAAGAUGUGUUUAUAUAUACAGUACCAGUCAAAAGUUUGGACACACCUACUCAUUCCAGGGUUUUUCUUUAUUUGUACUAUUUUCUACAUUAUAGAAUAACAGUGAUGACAUCAAAACUAUGAAAUGACACACAUGGAAUCAUGUAGUAACCAAAAAAGUGUUAUACAAAUCAAAAUAUAUUUUAUAUUUGAGAUUCUUCAAAGUAGCCACCCUUUGCCUUGAUGACAGCUUUGCACACUCUUGGCAUUCUCUCAACCUGCUUCAAUUUUCAGGUCACCUUGUUAAAAAGUUAAUUUGUGGAAUUUCUUUCCUUCUUAAAGCGUUUCAGCCAAUCAGUUGUGUUGUGACAAGGUAGGGUUGGUAUACAGAAUAUAGCCCUAUUUGGUAAAAGACCAAGUCCUUAUUAUGGCAAGAACAGCUAAAUUAACUGCACCUCAGAUUGCAGCCCAAAUAAAUGCUUCACAGAGUUCAAGUAACAGACACAUCUCAACAUCAACUGUUCAGAGACUUUGUGAAUCAGGCCUUCAUGGUCAAAUUGCUGCAAAGAAACCAAUACUAAAGGACACCAAUAAUAAGAAGAGACUUGCUUGGGCCAAGAAACAUGAGCAAUGGACAUUAGACCGGUGGAAAUCUGUCCUUUGGUCUGAUGAGUCCAAAGUAGAGAUUUUUGUUUUGGUCCCAACCGCCGUGUCUUUGUGAGACGCAGAGUAAGUGAACCGAUGAUCUCCGCAUCUGUGGUUCCCCCCGUGAAGCAUGGAGGAGGAUGAGGUGUGAUGGUGUGAGGGUACUUUGCUGGUGACACUGUCAUUGAUUUAUUUAGAAUUCAAGGCACACUUAAGCAGCAUGUCUGGUUUGUCUGGUUUGCGCUUAGUGGGACUAUCAUUUGUUUUUCAACAGGACAAUGACCCCAAACACACCUCCAGGCUGUGUAAGGUCUAAUUGACCAAGAAGGAGAGUGAUGGAGUGCUGCAUCAGAUGAGCUGACCUCCACAAUGACCAGCUCUCAACCCAAUUGAGAUGGUUUGGGAUGAGUUGGACCACAGAGUGAAGGAAAAGCAGCCAACAAGUGCUUCAAGACGGUUGAAAAAGCAUUCCAGAGAGAAUGCCAAGAGUGUACAAAGCUGUCAUCAAGGCAAAGGGUGGCUACUUUGAAAAAUAUAAAAUAUAUUUUGAUUUGUUUAACACUUUUUUGGUUACAUGAUUCCAUAUGUGUUAUUUCAUAGUGUUGAUGUCUUCACUAUUAUUCUACAAUGUAGAAAAUAGUAAAAAUAAAGAAAAACCCUUGAAUGAGUAGGUGUGUCCAAACUUUGGACUGGUACUGUGUGUGUAUAUAUAUAUAUAUAUAUAUAUAUAUACAUACACACACAAUAUCACGGUUUAAUCAUUGCAUCUUCAUGUUGAGGGAAACUCACUCUCAUACAUCACGUGAUACUUUAUUGUUUUUUCUUAAAAGGGUUGUUCUUUUUUUAAAAUUUUUACAUAAUUUAAUUAUAAUGGAAUCUAAUUUCUUAACUGUAGUCAGUUUGUGACAACCAAAACAGUUAUUUGGUACAAAACACACAAAGGCAAUGAUGUUGCAAGUGUCAUAAUGCCAGGAUAAAAAGUGAAUUCCCAUUCAAUGUUUUUGUGUUUCAGUUAACAUCUUGAUAGAACCUCAACCAUUUCUACUACACCUGUUGUAAGCAAUGGCAUGAACAGUCUUCCGUCUAGUUAGUAUAAAUGUAAUAUUUCACUCUGUAAAUUACCUGAACCAUCUUGAAUAACUGAAAAACUAUGCAAGUCAAUGCACGACAUGAACACUCACUUAAAAUAGGCCUUUUCUUAAAUGACUUAAAUGCUACCUGUGAAACAUGAUUGAUAUGGUACAACACCUGUACCAAAAUAUAUGUAUUUCUUACAUAUUUAUUAUACCUUCAAAUGACCAUAUGUUAAUAGUUUAUAGUUAGAGAAAGAUCUGAAAUAAACACAAUAACAAACCAUGCAAAGUAAAAAACAUAAUUACAACUGUAGUGAGACUACCAGAGGAGACUAUGUAAUGUUUUGCUUAUAACAGUGUUUUACUCUUAUUGGAACAAUCCAUUUUUCCCCCAAUGUAUGUUACCUUUUCAUUGAAACUAUUUCAAUGUACCAAACCACAAACAAAUCAGUGUUAUUGCAUUUUGGUUCUUAAAGUUUACAUUUUAGUAAAAAGAUCAAAGAUUUGCACAUUAAGACAAAACAUGCUGUUCUAUGAAUCAUAUAUCUAUCUAUAGGAGAGAGAAGUAAAGACACCGGACAGCCAAUGUUUAGAAUCCUUAAAGGAAAAUGUCUUAACCGUUAAACACAGCGGCUCUUUGCGUUAAAGACAUUAUUUCAAAAAUGACAUCAAAUGUGAAUAUAGGAUACAUCUAUAAGUUAACUCAUGGUCUGAGAUGAUUGCAGAAAGUUUGGGUUUUCAAAUAUAGAAAAAAAGUGGGCUGUGAGUAUUUUCUGUGUGCUCACUCAGUGCUUUCACUGUGUUUUCUUCUCACAACAUUCAUGUGGCUCUGUAGUUAGCUUGUAAUACAAUGUCACACUAACAUUGAGAGAAUGUCAGCUGGGUAGCUGGCCCUUCCUCUCUUCUACACACAGCAAUGUGUGUAUUGUUUUGAGUUGCCCGCAAGCCCCUCAUCCAAUAGGAUAACAUACAGUAGUUUUCUUCAAACUCUUGAUGUGUGUCAUGCAGAGCGUGAUUUCUCUGGCCAGUCAGGGAGUAGGAACCAUCUACUGUUUGCUCAGAACAGCAGCCUGUUUCAAUUCUGUCUUAAGAGAAGUGCCUUGUGUAUGACAUUUUGUAAGAACAAGUUGAUGUAAAUGUUAAUUUACCUCAAACGUUUACAAAACUGUUAUUAAAUAAACUUUUUGUACCAUAUUUCUGUAUGUGGUGGUCAAUAAAAUUGAGCCAGUAUGUGGA